CUUCACAUACCACUGUAUACGAGGAUCUUUCACGGGAAAGCCUCCAGUACAUAUCUAAGCAUAUCAGAAUCUAGUGGGUAUCUGGUGUCCAGGUGAGAAACUCAAUCUCCCCUCCAACUACUAUGUCAUCAGGCCCCCAAUACGACUGGACGCGCAACGUCGACAUAUUCGUCUCUGGUCAGCUUCAACUUGGAACACCAUCCAUGCGAGAUCUAGUAAUCGUUUCAAGUCAACAGCAUAAGAAUUGAACUGUCUGGGCCAAGGCUGGUGUCGCGCGUGAGUCCAACAAACAGUGGUAUCGACAUCCGGCUUCAAUAUGAAGAUAGGACUUUACAUCGUCUUUCUCCCUUGCAUUGCCUUCACCGUCUACAGGUCCUACCGACUACUCGUCAACUACAUCGGCGCCCGUCGUCUCAAGCUCCCAAUCGUGCUGUUGCCUAUCUCCUUCGAGGACGCAUGGUUCGCGCCACUCAGACCGCUAUUUGCAUGGGUUGAGCGGCUGCCCUGCGGACUCGGCAACUGGUAUCUGUACACUGACAUCGGGUGGCCGAUGGUGGAUGGCGGGAGGAGUGUGUCGAGACUGGGAGAGUCGUUCGUCCUGGUCACACCUACCCGCAAUCAGAUCAUCACAAGUCACCAGCCCGCGAUUGAGCGACUUUACAAGGACAUGAAGACAUGGAUCCUGCCGGACCCGUUUGCGCAGUUCUUCACCUUCUUUGGACAGAAUGUGUCGAGCUUGAACGGUCAGGACUGGCAACGUCACCGCAAGAUCACGGCUCCGGCUUUCAAUGACCAAAACAUGCGCAAUGUCUGGGACGAGUCUCUCGAGCGGGCCCGCGAAAUCAUCAGAUUUGACAACGAAAACGUUCGAAAUCUGGCAGAUAUCCGAUCCGAUUUCGAAGUUCUUGCCAUGCAUGUGCUCGCUGCUGUCGGGUUCGGCCAAGAUAGCACCGCCUUGACGACAAUUCCGCCUGGCCACCGCCUGACACUCCUAGAUUCGCUAGGAUUCAUCCUCAAGCAUGUCUUCGUGAGCAUCAUCUUCAACGGCAUCCAGGUCCCCGACCCAUUCCUCCCUCAGACGCUUCGUCGGCUCAAGCUUUCAGUUGCCGAGUUCCGCAAGUACAUGCAGGAAUCUGUUCUUUAUCAGUUGCGCAAAUCAAACCAGAAGUCUGUGGGAAAGACCACCAGUCUUCUUGAGGCUAUGGUCCACGCCAACGAGGCCGAGAAGUCGCAAUCCCAAGCUCAGACAGCUUCUUCCAAGCCGUCAUAUCUGACAGACUCCGAGCUCUAUGGAAAUCUUUUCGUUUUCAACUUGGCUGGAUUUGAAACCACGGCAGGGACCAUGACCUUCGCUCUUCCGUAUCUCGCAGCACAUCCUAAGACGCAAGAUUGGGUCAGGGAAGAAGUCGACGCGCAGUAUACUCACACUUUAUCCAAGGUCAGUUAUGCAGAUACAUACUCCAAGCUUGUUCGUGUCAUGGCAGUGAUGUACGAAACUCUACGACUCGCAGGACCCGCGCCGCAAAUGCUUCGGAUACCCACCACCUCGACGCUGCUUCCUAUUGCUCCCUCGGCCAAGAAGCCUGGACACUCUCGGACCGUCAUGAUAGAACCCGAAACUUUGAUCACUGCAGAUUUCUAUGCCCUGCAUCUGUCGCCUCUGUGGGGUGCAGAUAGAUUCGAGUUCAAGCCGCAGCGCUUCGUCUCCCAGUCGAAGGACGGCGAAGAUGUACUGACGGUGCCGGAAGCUGAUGGUAUUAUGUACAUACCUUGGGUGUUUGGACCGCGCGUCUGCCCGGGCAAGAAAUUCAGCCAAGUCGAGUUCGUUGCGGUUGUUGCGCAUGUGCUUUCAGCGUAUAAGAUCGAGCCAGUGAGACAGAACGGGGAAACUGAAGAAGCAGCAAGGGCGCGGUUGAUGGGUGUAUUGGAUGGGAAGUACUUCAACAUCAGUACGCAUGUGAAGAAUCCGGAGACAGGGGGAAUCCGCUUUGUCAGGAGAUAGCAGAACACCCACCCGCAGUCAAAUGGAAGAAGUGCUGAUCAAGCCGUCCA